UUUUGGGUGUCCAAGCCGCCAGAAGAAGCAUAUAUGAGUGGCACCAUGACUGCUUUUUUUAUCUUUUUUAUCACAGGUUUCUUAUGUCUACACGUUCAGGCGCGAAGCAAGAGUAUCCAGUUACAUCAACGUAUGAAGACAGCUGAGCUCAAAAGAUUCUUUGGUGUAGAAUCGCAUUCUAAAGUUCCAUCCUACGAUAUCGUCCAUCCAUUCCAAUCCGAUGAAUCCGGGGAAUUUCUGAGUCACAACCUCCGCCCACACUUAGAAUCGAGGAAGCGGAGAAGUACUGGGUCCGAAGAACCCGACUUUCAUUACUUCAAGUUUCGAGCAAUGGGGAAAGACCUUCACCUGAAAGUCGCCAAGAGUGACGGCCUCUUGUCCGAGCGAGCACGUGUACACACCGUGCACAAGGAUGGAAGCAAGACCAGCAGUGCUGUACCGAGAGAGGCUGAGUACUACAGUGGUCACGUGACCUCGCACCCAGACUCCAUGGUGGCGCUUAGGAGCGAUAGUGGACUGGCCGGAUUGAUCAGCACUCCAUGGGACUCAUUAUUUAUUCAACCACUGCCCGAUCACCUUGCAAAGUACUAUGGGAAAGAUGGCGGGGCCCAGCCUCAUUUGAUCCACAGGCGAUCUGUUGAUGACGUCAUGUACGACUACGACACCGAGAAAAUUGUCAAACACAAGUUUGAUAAAGAGGAACAGAAGCUUUCAGCAAGACCGCUGGCGAAAAGAAGCGGGGUUAAAUACCUAGAGACGCACAUGAUUGCCGACAGUUUCAUAACAGAGAAAUACGGGGAAGAAACGACGAACUACUUGCUAAUGAUAGCUCAUGUAACGCGUCAAGUUUUUCUGGGAGGCAGCGUGGGAGAUAUCAAGAUCCACUUAGUAGUGGUCGGGAUUACACUCAACACCGGAGGGUUUGGAUACGAUUCAUCAGCAUCUAAAGUAGACCGAGUAAGCGCAUUAACACACUGGGCGUUAACCCACCUAACAGUAGAUGAUGGUGACCGCGCCCAUGCAGAUGUACUCGUGCUCAUGUCGAAUACUACAGGCGGAAUUGCCGUUGCGGGCUCAACAUGCAACGGACUCGGCAGAACACUAGCGGGGGAUAUUGGCAUUCAAUCCGCUCUGCUCGUAGCACACGAAAUCGCGCAUUCCCUUGGUGUCGGUCACGACGGUACAGCGGAUUGUCCAGAUGGCAAAUUCAUCAUGUCCCAUGCCAUAGCAGGCGGCGUCGACGCUUUCAAAUUCUCUCCAUGCAGCCGCGAGCAGAUCCAGCAUGUUCUCGCAGGCGACUCUUGUACGGUACUGGAUGACGCGCCUGGAAAUAUCGUCCAUUACCCUUCUUCCUGGCACGGCAAACUUCCUGGACAGAUCUACGACCGGAACAAGCAAUGCCAGAUGCAGUAUGGUAGUACCUACAGACAGUGCGAGAUGAAAGUAAGUGACUGUGGCUCUUUAUUCUGCACUAAAACUUACUUCACAUGUCCAUCAAAUGUUGCUCCACCUCUUGAUGGGACGUAUUGUGGAGAGCGAAAGUGGUGCAUUGCGGGCGAGUGCAUCGAUGACGGUUCCUUGCCCAUUAAUGGAGGCUGGUCUGACUGGUCAGCGGACUACUCUGCUUGUUCUUAUUCUUGUGACGGUGGCGUUCAAUGGAAAACGCGAACCUGCACUAAUCCCAAGCCUGCGCGUGGCGGUGCAGACUGUGUCGGAUCCGGCAGAGGACAUUACAGAGGUUGUAAUUCUGCGCCGUGUACAAGUGGAAGCGAGACAUUCAGAGAACAGCAAUGCAAGGCCAAAAAUUCAGGAUACGUCCCAUACUUUGAUAGCGACCAUCCGUGCCAGCUUCUUUGCACGAGUGGAAGGUUAGCUUACCCAGAAGGACAAGUUAAAGACGGGACUCGAUGCAACUCGGACAGAAACAACAAAGACGUGUGCAUCCAGGGGGUGUGCAAGCCUGUCGGAUGUGAUGGCGUCCUUGGGUCCGGACAGCACGUUGACCGCUGUGGCGUGUGUAAUGGGGAUAGCUCCACGUGUUCGGUCGUCACUGGCUCAGCAAGCUGUACUACCACAGGGGGCUUUCCCUAUGAAUGUAACUUGUUUGAUCUUCCGCCUGGCGCAACACAUGCUCACGUGGGGAAAACCGAAGCCGAUAUCACGAUUUUAGGGUUAAAGAACACUGCGGGAAGGUUCCUAAUCAGUGUGCCUUCCUGGAGUAAGACCAUACAUGCAGCUGGCACGAGAAUAUCCUACAAGAAAGAAAGUUACUUGUAUAAGGAUAUGCUCGACAUCGACGGACCAACAAACGCUCGAUUAGGGAUCUAUAUGGUGAGUCCUUAUCCUACUACCACCAGGCCUUGUACGUGGAAGUACUUAAUUCCUGGAGAAACGAGCGUCAGCAGUACUGAUGUCCAGUGGAAGAUAGGAGAGUGGAGCGCAUGCCCGGUCGCCUGUGGGCGUGGUUCCCAAGAGCGUGACGUGGCUUGCGUGCGCAUAGAUGACGACACUUACGUCAGAGAUAGCGUGUGCGCUGGCGCGAAGCCCAUGACAAGGCAAGACUGUGAGACCGCCACGUGUACUGCCAGCUGGUACACGACGGAAUGGAGCCCAUGCUCGGCUACCUGUGGUAGAGGUACUCAGUCCCGUUCGGUCAUCUGCCGCCGUGAGACGUUCACUGGAUCCAAGCAAUACGAGACACUUCCCGAUUCCAGCUGUACCGGAAGUAAACCAACCGUCACCUUGACCCAGAAGUGUAACAAGGUCAACUGCCCUCCUGAAUGGGUGCCCUCGGAUUGGUCAGCGUGCACAAAGACCUGUAAGGGGGGUCAGCAUUCAAGAACUAUAUCCUGUAAGCAGAAGGACCUGAAUGGUGUUUACCAGUCCCUCGCAGACUUCCUUUGUCAUCACGCUAUCAAGCCCCCGCUUCAACAAGACUGCAACCGCGACGUAGUGUGUCCAAAACAGCUGCCAGUCCAUACCGAAGUCCAUUAUCACUGGAGUACCGGAAUUUGGAGCGCAUGUUUGUUCGACUGCGGGCCUGGUGCUCAAGAGCGUCACGUGUCGUGCAUCCGCAGUGAUGACGGGACUUACGUAGCAGACAGCUUCUGCGCAGAGGCAAAGCCCGCAUCAACGCAAGAAUGUGAGAUCGCCCCGUGCGCUGCCAGCUGGUACAAGACCGAAUGGAACCCAUGCUCUGCUACCUGUGGUAAAGGUUCUCAGUCCCGCUCGGUCGUCUGCCGCCGUGAGAUAUUUGCUGGGUCCAAUCAGUACAAGACACUUCCGGAUUCCAGCUGUACCGGAAGUAAACCAGCCUUGAGUCAAAAUUGUGAAAAUUACGACAACUGCCCCGCUGAAUGGGUCGCUACGGAGUGGUCAGCGUGCUCACAGACCUGUGCGGGGGGUCGCCAGACAAGGACUGUAACCUGUAAGCGGAAAAACCUGAACGGUGUGUACCAGUCCCUCGCGGACUCAAACUGUGAUCAAGCCACCAAGCCUACGCCUCAACAAAAAUGCAACAGCGAUGUGGAGUGUCCGGAUCAUUAUCAGUGGAGUACCGGAAUUUGGAGUGAAUGCUCUUUUGCCUGUGGGCCUGGUUCUCAAGGGCGUCACGUGUCGUGCAUGCGCAGUGAUGACGGGACUUACGUCGCAGACAGCUUCUGCGAAGACGCAAAACCCGCAUCAACGCAAGAAUGUGAGAUCGCCCCGUGCGCUGCCAGCUGGUACAAGACCGAAUGGAACCCAUGCUCUGCUACCUGUGGUAAAGGUUCUCAGUCCCGCUCGGUCGUCUGCCGCCGUGAGAUAUUUGCUGGGUCCAAUCAGUACAAGACACUUCCGGAUUCCAGCUGUACCGGAAGUAAACCAGCCUUGAGUCAAAAAUGUGAAAAUUACGACAACUGCCCCGCUGAAUGGGUCGCUACGGAGUGGUCAGCGUGCUCGCAGACCUGUGCGGGGGGUCAACAGACAAGAACUGUAACCUGUAAGCGGAAGGACCUGAACAGUGUGUACCAGUCUCUCUCGGAUUCCGAUUGUGAUCAAGCCACCAAGCCUACGCCUCAACAAGAAUGCAACAGCGAUGUGGAGUGUUCGAACUUUCUCGGAUGCUAUAGGGACAUCGAUCGUCCCUUACCGAAAUUGGUCGCGAAUCUCCGAUCAAAUAUCGAUUGGCAUGACAUGAGCAAAACCAUUGCUGAGUGCGAAAAAAUGGUGAAAGCCAUGCAUCCCACGUGGACUGUCUUCGGUAUUGAGUUCUACGGCGAGUGCUGGUCGGGGGAGAACGGGGCGAGUACUUAUGCGCAGGAUGGCAAGAUCGAGUGCACGAAAACGAAUUCGUACCAAGGGACGGGAGGCUCGUGGGUGCUUGCUGUCUACAAAGUCAAAGGCUCUAAAUGAGGGUUUGGUUGUACCGCUAAGCGAUCCCAGUCACGUGGAAUCGACAUACAUCUAUACAUCGCAUACAAUCAAUGAAAUAGUACAAUGCACAGCAUUUCAUAUUCAUUUAUUUACACAUAUUACGGGGUGAUAUUUUCAAGGCAUACAAAUAACCAAUAACGAAAUGCCAAUGCCAAUAUAAUAGAGUUGUUAAACUAUUAUACAUUGAAAGAAUAAAGAUUGCUCAUUAUGAG